GGAGCAGUGCCACUGGACCAGGACGAGCACCAUUCCAGCGCAGCAGCGCAGCUAUCGAUCAGGAUUCGGCAGCAGGAGGAGCACUAGAACACUAUGGGGAUCUCCGCUCACGCAGCCCCAGCAUCUUUCUGGAACCACCCACGCCGGAUCCCACGCACGCCCACUUCGGACCGGGAUGGGGUCGACCCAUGUCGCCUAUGGAUCUGCCGCCGGAAAGAUCGUCUGCCAGCGCAUCCGGCAGCAAAUCGCCCACCGGAAAGUCGCGUCUGCGGCCCAAGCUCCAUCUUCCGCUGGGGCGAUUGGGCCGCUCCAGCUCCUCGGACACGAGGGAGAGCAACAGACUGCGCGAGGAUGUGCAUGUGCACGUCGAGAAUCCCGUCUUCAGCAGCGAGAAUCUGCGCCAGAACAACUUCGAUGCAUUCUUCGAGGCCCGCGAGCCGGUCAUCAAGCUUCAUCCGAAGACCCCUCACACGGCUCCGGCGGAUGGCAGUGGGAGGGGUUACUCGCCGCCUCUGGAGAACUAUGCGGGUGUUUACGAUUCACCAAGGACGAGGAGUCCUGCAGGCAAGGCCGGCGCAAGCGGUGGCGGCCUUUUUGCGCGAUCGCCGCGCGAGGAUCGGGAAAGGAUGGCUGGGGCAAGGUCACGGAGUGCGGAUCAGUGCGACGGAGCGGUGGGCGCACAAGCCAGUGGUGCGGCGGCCAGGGGAUCCAACUCGGCGGGCGGCGGCGGCGGAGGCGGGGCCAGUUCUGGCGGAACGCCUUCCAAAGGUGACAGGUUCUUCGGUAAAAUCUUCAAGUGGUCGAAGAAGUCGUAGGAGGAGGAUCUUCGGGUGGAGGGGACCACGAGGUGGUUCCCUUAGCCCCCAGGGCGGCAGCAUGGCGUCCUACAACGGCGUGCUCAAGGAUUACAGUCACAGCAGUUUGAACGAGGCUUUCAAAUCCCAGAACAAUGUCAACUUUAAGUUAAUUAAAACAGUAUCCGAUUUCUCCGAAACACUAUCCCGUCUGUACGAGGAACACGCAACUGCCCUCCAAGUUGCGCUGUCCAAUUAUCGCAAGAAGAAUGCCGAAUUACGCAAAGAAAGACCCGCCUGCCACUUGGCCAUCUUUCAGGCAUGGGAAACAUUCCUGCAGGAGGUCGAAACCGAUUCACAGGCCUGCAACGACGUGGCCAGCGUCCUUUCCCGCCAGGUGUCGCGACCAAUGCUGGAUAAAUCCUUUCAUCGCAAAGUUCAAAGCCGUAAAAUAUUUACACACAGGGAGUCUUUUGAGACUAUUAUCGCAAAGACUGAAGAGAAGCUGUCAAAGUGCCGUGUGGACUACAAGCAGUGCCACCUGGCCCACCGACAGAAUCCCAGCCAGCACUCGCUCACCGAAUACAUCGACGCCCAUAAUGCGUACGUGCAGCAGCUGCAUGCCACAAAUGGAAUGCUGGAGGCCUACCACACGGACACCCUGCCCCAGCAGAUGCAGGAGCUGGAGGAGAUCCACAACGACCUGGUCGCCAUUGUGUCCGACUCGCUGAUGCAGGGCGCAGAAGUAAUUGCCGGCAAGGCCAAUGACCAAGCCAAGCGGUACAACAGCCUGACCAACCAGUGCGCAGCUGUCUCACCUCAACAGGAUCUGGUGAACUUCGUCCGACUCCUGGCCCAACCAUCGCAGGCCCAGAAGAUUCCCAGACGGCUCUUUGCAUCGCCGCAAGCAGAGGGCGGCGAGGAGGCGGGCGACCACAAUGAGAUGACGCCCUGCCUGCGGAACGAGUUGGUCUUCGACCGGCACUCCACACUGUCACAACGCUCCGCGUUGGAGUCGCUGAAGCGGGAGGCCAUCGAAUUGGAAUUGCAAAUACGUCAGCUGCAGGACUCCAUUGAGGCUCUAAAUCGAACGCAGACCCGGGGAAUCGAGGGCCAGCUGUACAACAAGGUCAAUGAGCUGCAGGAGGAUUUGUCCAUGAAGAAGUUCGACCUGCGAGCCAAGCAGAUCCAUUUGGCGGCCAUAAGGGCUCAGAAGGAUCUGUUCGUGAGCAAAGUUGAGCCGACGUCGCCGCGAAACGAACGCAAAUUCUCCGCUGCCACAGCGCCAUCGAUGAAAACAAAGUGGCUGAAAGCAUUUAAGAGCCUAAAGCCUGCUGGUUCUGGUUCAGCACAACAAGCAGAUAGGCGCAAUGGAGCCUCCAGCACAGCCUCCGAGCCGCUGCGUCCCAAUCUGGAUGGCAGCCACCACCUGCAGGAGUACACCUACAAGAAGAUAACGGCCUGCGACGUCUGCUCCCAGAUUCUGAGAGGGCACACACGACAGGGAUUGCGCUGCCGCAUCUGCAAGCUGAACGCCCAUGGAGAUUGCGCCCCCAAUCUGCCGCGCUGCCAGCCAAAGCAGAAGCUGCUGCGGCGACAGAAGAGCACCUCGGAGCUGGAGAAUCGCGUCGAUAUCGAGGAAGAAACAGGCGCCGACAAAUCCGUCCAGGCCAAGCAAAUGGAUGGCAGCGUCGCGGGAGGAUCGGCGCUUCCGGUUCCGGUUCUCUCGGAGCGCGAACUGGGCAGAGCUCCGCCGCCGGAUAUACCGAUUGUCAGUGUCUCGGAGCUGGCCCUGCAGGAGCAGCAGCAGCAACAGCAGCAGCAGCAGCAGCUACAGCUACAACAGCAACAUCAGCAGCAGCAGCGCAGUCUGGCAUCGGUGGCGCAGGCGGCGGCGGUACGGGCGGGACGAGGUGUACGUCCGCCGCCGGUGGCCAUGCCCAUUCUGGGCGUACAGCUGCAGCAACAGGAGCUGCAGCAGCAGCGCGGCGGACUGCCGGUGCCCAGCCAAGAUAUAUCUAGUAGCUCAGCACCGCACUCACCGCGCCGCCAAAAGUUGAACUUACGCAUGAAAUCCCUGAGCCUGGACUCACCAGAAUCGUCGGAGCUGCACGGCCAGUUCAGGCGUAGAACCCAACUGCCGGGCACAGGCGCCUCCACAUCAGCCGGAUCCGGUUACUACCACGGUGGGUCCGGAGGCCACCUGGAGCACAGCACUCCGCCGUCGAACAACAGCCGUCUGCACUCACCAUCGAGCCCCUCGCAUCCGGGCCGCAAGCUACUGUAUGCCACCCGUGGAAUGCGUGGUGGCAGCGUCGAUCUGCCGGACGAGAUGGAGAAGUCGCAGUCCUCGGCCAGCACCUCGCCGUGCCUCUCACCCAAAACCCAUCGUCUGUUGCCCACGAAUCUGUAUGUCAUCAUCUACAACUUCAAGGCGCGACAUGCCGAUGAACUGGAUCUGAAGGCUGGCUACAAGGUGACUGUCAUUGACAAUUCAGAUCCGGACUGGUGGAAGGGAAAAGUGCUGGGACGAGUUGGAUACUUCCCAUCCAAGUACUGUGUGCGUCUGAAUGCCAACGAGAAGCCACUGCAGGUGACCCACAAUCUCCAGGUGUCGGACAGUGAACGUGGCGAGAAUCUCACCCUUCUAAGGGACCAGAUUGUCAUACAGACCGGAGACGAAGUAAACGGCAUGGUGAUGAUCCGAGCCGCCGAGCACGGGCAGGGCUACUGCCCCAUAAAGUAUCUGCAGGAGGUGUGACAGCCAGAAGAGGACGAGCCGCCCUCCGACGAGCGGGACAGACCGCACAAGUCGUCCAUGCAGACGUCAUCGUCGCGAACCGCGGACAAGACCAAGCGUAGGAUUAGAAUCGUAGUGUCCGAAAACCACAACGUAGCUGCUAGUAGUGUUGCACCUGCACCACCCACAACCGCCUUCAACACCACCACCCAUCACCAAAUUCCAAGGGAAUCCGACAUCGAGACGAAGCGGCUAAACAUCGACUACGGCGAUGAGGGCAGCGCCGAUUGGGACAAGGACCGCGAGGUGCUCAUCCUGUCUGGGAGACGGAACAAGAACGAUAAAAACUGGGAGAACUGGGAGCGCAUCCGGGAGCAGAAGCUGGAGAAGAUGAAGGGCAUUUGUUUCGAGAGCUAUCGCCAGUCUAAGCGGGACAAGUUACUUCAAGCUAAGCCACGACCCAAACAACUAGAUUCCACCUGGUAUACGGAUAACAUCUACUCGAACCGCUCCGAUGACAUGGACGAGGACUACGUGCCUGAUUGCUUGAAAUACGGACCUUUCCGCACACUGAGGGACAUCCACGAGCUGGACGAGAAGAGUGGGGGUACGGAAGAGCGUCGUGUUGAGGGUGAAGGAUCGCCCGGCUAUGGCCUGCAUCGUUCCAAGAGCUGCAAAGAGUUCCAGUAUCCCAAAUCACAGAGUUGGUGCUUCGAGGGCAAUGUUUUUGAAGCUGGCGGCGGCGUGGCCAGCGGGAGUGGUAGUUCAAGCGGUGCUCCCCCACCAACCACCUCCAUCCUGAAGAAUCGAGCAGGUGUUCCCAAGUCAUACUCCUUCAGUGCCACCACUAAGACCAUGCCGUUUGAUAUCAUCGACUAUGAGCUGCCUCCCGUCUCGAAUACACGACGGGAGAAGAAGGAGGCUCUAAGGCGAAACAUGAAUGCCCUAUGCAGCAGCAGCCUGGAUCGAUGUUGCGCCCGGGAUCAGUGCACCAGCGCCCGCUGCCUGUUGGAGGACAUCUACCCGGGAUCGAGGAUGCGGUCAAGAACAACCGGGGCGGGCAGCAAUCGAAAUCUAAGUGCGGCGGAUUGGCUAUUUGAGGAGCGGACUGGAAGGCAGAGAGCGCCCGCUGCUCCAACGGCUAUUUGUUGUUGCUCUGCGGCUGAGGAUUGUUGUUGCCACCGCCAGCGCCAGCAGCAACCGCCACUUCCCGCUCGCCCAAGAUCACGACCCCUAUGUCCCGGUCAUCAUCCCGCCGCUGAGGAGGAGGAGCACAUGCACUGCCGUUAUGACACCGACCUGGAGCACUUCAUACGCGCCGAGCGCGAGCGCCUCAUGCUGCAGGAUAAGUUCCUGGACGAUGAUGAGCGGUAUUUAGCCGCUGCUCCGGCUCCGCGUAGUCCUGGCAGACGGUAUCCGGCGGGAAACUAUCAUCGGCCUCCGCGCAGCAAGUCACUGUUGGAGAUGCAGCCGCCAACCAUUCUGUAUGACGAGGAUACCUGUUCGGACACCACAGAGAUCGAUUUGGAGGACUUCAAUAUUGACCUGGAAAAAUACUGGGAGCAGCUGGACAAGCCGCCCAGUCCCAUCAACAUGGACAUGCGGCGAAACAUGCAUAGCAGUCUCAAGGUGAAAAACGUGAAUGUCCGGUGCUACAACAAUGGCCAGCCUAUCGAUCUGCAUGACCGUGAGCAUGAGCGGCUGAUGAUCAAGAAAUCGCUGCUCGAGGGGAUGCCCUCGCCUCCACAGCUGGACUCCAGUGAGUCCUCGACCAAUGCGGGCGGCUAUCCUUUUUUUGACACUGCUCCCGCCGUUGCGCCUGCCCCCGCCUUCCACCACCAUCCGGCCUACGGACAACCGCAGGGCUAUGGCCACAAGGUGUAUCCCACGGUGGACACGCUGCCCUCGUACCAGUACAACAACUUCUAUCCCGAGCACAGCCAUCCAACCGUGGGAAGUGUCCUGACGCAGCAGCCGACGGCUGGCAUCCAUCAUCCAUCCGCCGGCGGUCACUCGGCGCUCAGCCUGAUCAACAACAUAUUUUCAAUCUACAAGCCCAACAAAUACUCACCGGAGAACUGCCAGAUGAACUACGAGAGCAAGCCGGAACCGUGCAAGAAGAUGAAUGUGCCCAGUACCCACAGGCCCCUGGGAGCAGCCACGCAUCCGUAUCCUGCCCACGACUACAUGCACUCCUCGAUGAAGAGACCGCUGCUGGUGAGCGCCGAUCAGCCGCACUUUAAGAUCAUUCCGGAGAAGACUGGGCUAAAGAUCUCGCCUCUGCUGAGCUACGAGGAUUACGGCGGGGGUGGAGGUGGCGAGAAGGCGCACCACAGACUGAGUAGCACGGCAAGGCCUCUGAUGCUUCCGCACUGAUGGUGCUGGACCUUUCCGUGGUAUGGCAAUGGCAAUGGCAACUAUUGUUAGUUGGGCUUCCACCCAUCCAACUAUUCCCAAAAAAAGACUCGCGAGCAGCGAACAGCAACCCAAACGCACAAAAAACUGGGUCCAGCCGAGGAAGAAGAACAUACGUUAACAGAUAUCCAUCGGAGGAGCAUCGGGAUCAGGAGGUGGCUAGCUAAUCAGAAUCCUACCCGACACCCUCCACCUUCCACUCCACCAACUCGCCGUCUUCGUCGUCGUCGUCGUCCAUCCGCAGAAUUUGCUUUUGGUUUAGCAGGUGCUUUGGUCAGGUGUUCCAUCGAAGCAUCCUUGACACUCCAGCAACGUGAAACCACUCGAACAACAACAGCAACUACAGCCAUACCAUUGGAAAUCAACAGCACUACAGACACAGACAACAUCAACAGAUCUACCAACAGCCACAUGUCAGAUGGAGGUCAAAGUGCAAGUACUAGUAAAGAUUUGAUCAGCGGAUCGAUUAGGAUAAGCCCACACAGUCCUCACCCCAGACAAUGGACACAGACACACACAUAUGUAUACAAUCAACGUGCUUUUAAUUCGCUUAGAAUCGCUAUAGAAAUCGCGUUGCAGUUCGAUUAACCACUAAACAACAGAUUCACUAAUUUUCGAGCAACUUUUAAGCAAUCAAGAGCGUAUUCAAUAGAACAAAGAGUAGAUCUAAGACGGAAGAGUUAAGUAUUAAGCUGUUCAUAACGCGCGUUUCAUAUUUCAGUAUGCGCAUAUUGUAUACCCUAACUCUCUGUAGAAAGCUAAACGGAUUUUAUUAGUACUGAAGAUUUGGGAGAAUACAUACAUACAUACCUAGACUCGUGAGUGUCAGCGAGACUUAUUUUGGCCUCAAUAUAUUGCGAUAAUUUUGAGAUGCAAAUGAAAACUAAGGCGAACCGUUUUUAUUGUCAUCAAAUUUUUUCUAUUUUUUAUACCAAAUAACUUUGAAUCAACUAAACGGGAGGAGUUAUUGAAAUUGCUAUGCUCGAUAAGGCUAGGAGCUUUUCCCAUAAGUUGCGGCUACUAGGAGCGAUUAUACGAAGGCAUGCCUAUGCUAUUUAUAUAUAUGAUUAGGUGCGGUACGGAUAGGUGUGCGUUGAGAACUCGAUAGAAGCGCUUUUUAUAAACUAACUAGAUUUGUAUCGAAAUGUGAAACAUUGAAUAUGAUAAACAUGAAUUGUACUUUUAUGAUGUAUGCGUAUCCACUGGCCUUAUUUAUUGAGAAGUAACCAAACAAUGAGCUGAACCCAAAACACACACAAGUGAACACACACAUACACGAGAACAUAGCGAGCGACAAAGAGAUCCCAGAAAAACAACUUGAGAAUUGCAAUUGAAUUUUCACUAAGAUUCAGGCUUAGGGCUUUGCGUCACUUUUGUUAAUUGUUUUUUGGCGUCCAAUUUUACAUGAUAACUAUUGUAGGACUCUAGACAAGCUAAUCGAAACUAUCGAGAGUAGAUUAACUAUCGAGUAUUUUGUAGUGCGUAAGCUAAUUAAAACAUAAACCAAACCAAAUGGAGAUAACUUUUUAGCGCGAGACUCCUUGUGCAGGAAGAUUUUGAAUUUGAAUUUAUUUUUAACGACUUUUGAAUACAAAAAGUAACUAUGAAGAUGACAUUUUAUCAGAGAUCGUUUUUUACCUAUUUAACAUUUCCUUGAACAACAUACAACAACUAUUUGCUAAGUAUACCCUAUGGCCUAUGAGUUAGUUAUAAGAAAGUGUUUUCCAAGCCCCGCUUAGACCACAACACUAAAUAAAAAAACGAAUUGAGAAGACAGGAGAACACGGGGAAUUCUGCACAAAACCCAAUCUAUGAAAUAUUCACACACUGCACCCAAUUAAGUGUACGAUAUACAUAUGUAUCGAGUAUUUACGAUCACGUCUAGGAACUAAGGAUGAAUUGUAUUGUAUUGUAAAAUGAAUGGAAUCGACGAACACGAAAAACGCCCAAAUCUUAUGAGUAUGUAAGCAAAGCCGAAAACUUGAAUUCAAACAGGAUAACCGCUCCCGGCGGUCAUCUCAACUGCUGAAAUUGGCACUUAAGUAUUUAGGUAUACACACCGCAUAUGUAUGGUACAACUUAGUAGAAUUUUCGACUAAACUAAACUGAACUUGCAAACGUAGCGCGACAUUUGUGCAAGUCAAAGGUCCCCGAGAGCCCGUCAAUGGGUUCGCUUUUCGUGGGGUCAACUUCGCAAAACAGCUUCUGGUUUUUAGCGUAAGUUUUGUUUCACAUAUGUACGAUUAGGUGAACAGCAUGACGAUGCACCUGGCGCACCUGCAGGUAGCUAGCGAAUAACAUACACACGUGCAUGUAAACAACAGUAACUAGAAAAUGGAACAAUAUAAUAUCAGUGCAACGUAAUAUAUCAGUUAAAAUAACAGAGGCAAACAGAACUCCACUCAUUUAGCACUACUACCUGCAAUUUGAAUGUGAAAAACAACACAAUCCCCUCAUCCCAGCCCCGCUUCUCCGACGCGUCCCCAUUAAUUUACCUGAAUUGCAAAUAAAA